AUGCCGUCACCUCGAAUCCACGAUUCCUUCCCGCGAAGCUUCGACGAAAUCGACAAUGAAUCGACAACACUCAACGGCGCGUAUCAAGAGUUUGGCAUGCGCCGGGCUUCUCUGCGGCCCUCUACGACUCAGACGAUCCAGACGUACCGCCUCUCAAACCUCUCCUCCAUCUCCGAGUGGAGCAGGCAGACCAUCGGCUGCAUCCAGUCUAGCGACUUUAGUUGGUUUCGGCUAGAAGAUGAAAAUUCAAGACAUAGCCAGAGCAUGCGCGGUGGAGGGGACAAUGAAGCGCCAGAGGAAGUCGUUUGGGGGCAGACUGAUGAGGACAAUCCAAUCAAUUGGAAGCCUUGGAAGAAGUGGGUGCAUGUUGUUAUGCUGAGCAUUCUUUCUUUUGUGGCUUCGAUGGAGUCCCUGAUACUCGCUCCAGCAGCACCAGAAGUGGCUAAAAGGCUGCAGAUACAAUCGCCUCUUCUGCUCACUAUCAUCGUGAGCAUAUACGUGCUGGGCUUCGCGACAGGGCCACUGCUCAUGGCACCACUGAGCGAACUUUACGGCCGCCUCAUGAUCAUACACCUAUCCAACUGGUGCUUUGUAGGUUUCACCGUAGCCUGCGGGUUCAGCCAGACUCAGGUCCAGCUUCUGGUCCUUCGAUUCUUCGCCGGCGGUCUGGGAGUAGCGUGUCUAUCUCUGGGAGGUGCAGUAGUAGCCGAAAUGUUUCAUCCAGGCCAUAGAGCCGUGGCCAUGGCUGCACUGGAAGCUGGAAGACUGCUAGGCUGGUUCGUUGGACCUAUCGUCGGAGGUAUCAUCGUUCACUUGCUGGACUGGCGCUGGGUAUUCUGGAUUUCGGCGGCGGCGGCCGGGUCCAAUGCUUUGAUCGCCAUCAUAGCUCUUCGCGAGACGUAUGCGCCGAUUUUACUGCAGCGACGAGCGAAUCAAAGCCCGAGCGAGAAGCGCAGGCUCAGCAUGCAAGGAUACGUUAACUCUGCAAUCUCGCCUUCCGGUUUGAUCUGCCAUUCGAUAUUGCAACCUCUCAAGAUACUGUGCCUCAAUCCUCUCGUUGCCAUGACAGCUUUGUAUUCGGGGACUCUUUCCGGAAUCUUGAUUCUGAUCGCGACGACGAUUCCCUUCACUUAUAGCAGAAGGUACGCAUUCUCGGCACUCGAGACCGGACUCGUUUACAUUGCGCCUGGAGUCGGGAUGGUCAUGGGACUUCUCGUGUCGGGACUGUUGAUCAAUUGCAUGUCCAAGCGGCACAAAAACAUCAGCAAGGCCGAAGAUCGCAUUUCCGCGCUUGGAGUACUCGCCGGAACUGUCUUGGCAGGAGGUGGACUGGCUCUCUAUGGAUGGGCGGCCAGACAUGACUUCCACUGGAUUGUUCCACUGAUCGGCCUGGGCGUGUUUGGAUUUGGCCUUCUUCCACUGACGACCAGCGUGCAGUCCUAUCUCACAGAAGCAUAUCCAUCGGAUGAGGCGGGGGUCAUGGCGGCCAACAGUAUCGUGAGGUCCUCAGUCUCGGGCCUACUGCCACUGAGCGGCCUUGUUAUAUACCGCAGCCUUGGAGUCGGUUGGGGAAACACGCUACUCGCAGGGAUUCUGGGCGUAUCGAUCCUCGUACCGAUCUGUUGCAAGAUUUGGGGAGAAAGGCUUCGGCAUCGUUUCAGAGUUGAUACGUAA